UUAUCUGAACCGAACUGCAAUGGAAUUUCCGUGAGUUAAAUCUGCAUUUUCUGCACGGCGCCGCUCAAGCUCAUGUUGGCCGCCCUCCGAUCUCGAUCUUCUUCCUCUCUCUCCUCAAUCUUCUUGUCACCACCGUCUCGUCUCGAUCUACCAUGGAAGCUAGGGUUUUCAGGUCUCACUCGCAUCUCCGCUUCCUCGUUUUCUUCUCAAGUCGGCUCGCGUGACGUCACGGAGGUCCUGACGCUGCCUGAAGUGGAGAAGAUUCUAUCCGACGUGAAAGCCGACAAUGUGACCGUGAUUCCGAUGCAGAAUCGGUGUAACUGGGCCGAUUUCAUGGUGGUCGCCACCGGGAGAUCCACUUGGCACGUUAAGAACAUCGCUCAGGCUCUAAUCCACAAGGUUAAGCAAAAGCAGAAAGGAGCCAAGCAAUUAGUGCUGCCUAGUGUGGAGGGGCAAGAAGGAGGGAAAUGGAUUGUCAUCGACUCGGGAAAAGUGGUAGUCCAUGCUCUUGACGAGAAGGCGAGGGAUUAUUUCGAUUUGGAGAACAUUUGGACUGCUGAAGAAUCUAAAGAGGAGCACCCUGUCCAGGAACUGGGAAAAGCUUUCGUGAAGGUCCGCCCAAAGAACAACUCCAAAAAGCCAUGUCUCAAAGUGUGAAACAUUAUCAUCCUAAAUCUGUUGUUAUGUAUCAUAAAGUACCAUUUCAAUCUACUUUGAUAAAUGGCGGCACUCUCCAUCUCAUGUCUACUAAUAAAUAAUAUCGGCAUUCUUCCUUCUUGUC